UUCUUUCUGUUAUGUUUUUCUAAUAAUUCUCAUAUUUCUUGUUCUGUUUCGUCUUUCCAUUGAUAAAGCAUGAAGCUUUCAUUUUAUUUUAAUUGCCCUUUUUUUGGUAAGAAGCUUUCUAGCUAUGGCAGAAAAGGAUCAAUUACAGUGAAUUCUUGCCUUUUCACUGAAGUUUGGAAUCAUGAUCCUUGUGUGGAAAAAGAGAAUUUGGGGUGGUGAUUGCAAUUUUUUUCUGGUUCUUGUGUGGAAUUCCUGAUUGAGAACAAAGAAUCUUCACAGUUUUUCAUUUUCCAGUGUCUUCUUAUUAACUAUCAAGAAAGGUAUAUCAUCAUACAUUUCAAUAAGGUGGGUAUGAUUUCACAAUAAGAAAAGAAAAUUUUGUUCAAAGGGUUUUGGAUCUCUGUAUAUGUUCUUGUAGAUAGAAAUCACAACGAUUGUUUUAUAAUGAUAUUUUAUGAUUCUAGUUGAUGGAAAAAGAUCAACCCCAAUUUUUAUCCUAGUAUUUGGGGACCUGUGGAGAAGAAUAAACCAUUACAAUGUUCAUGAAAACAAGGACUUUUAUUCGUUAAUUGAAAAUAGAUGAAUGAUUUGUAGAGUGUAAUAGACAUUGUUCCCUACAAAUGGAUUUCUUGUUACAAACAAGAUUGCUUCAUGUUCACUCUCAUAUUUUUCUAUAAAUUUUGAGUUUUUAGUUACCAAUCCACAAAGAAAAACGACUGAGAGAGAGACAGAUGUCAUCCCUUUUUGCAUUCCUUUCGUUUGAAUUAGUUUCUUCCAGUGAAUCAAAAAUUCCUGUAUGACUCGGGAAUCACCUUAGUCGGAUGGGACCAGGACACUAGCGAUUUGGGGCCAAAAUUUCUGGUUUGUAAUUUUUACCAGGACAGGUGCUGGAAUAGUGGGAGUCUGACCGGGGGAAGCAGAAUAGCACCCCUGCCAAUUCGGAGCUUGAUCCGAUAUUUGAAUAACUGGUUGUCUUGUUAGUUCUAACAAAUAAUUGAAAAUGGCACAAUUGGAGCCAUUUUCUCGCACAAUAUCCUCAACUUAUCUCGCAUAUGAGGACCGAGUUCCGGCCGAUCUUUUUGCAGUGUCUGAACUUUCAACAUCCUCUUGUAACCAAAGGAUUAAUAGUAAUAGCAAUGUGAAUAACAGUAAUAAUGCUAACACCAAUAUACCUAAGCCUCCUCCGCUCCCUUCUUCUCUUGGUUAUUCUAAGACCCCUGAUCCUUCCCAUAGGCGCUCAGGCUACAGUUGGGUCCCAAAAGAAACAAAGAACACAUGGGAGAGGUUGUUUGAAGAAGGGUACAGAGCUGAUGUUCAUAUUCUAACUGAUGACAAGGCCGUCAUCCCUUCUCACUCAAACAUUCUUGGUGUCGCUUCACCCGUUUUCCGGAACAUAUUAAAUCAGAUGAGAGCAAAGGAUCGCAUUCCAUGUAUCAGAAUUCCUGGUGUACCUUCAGAAGCUGUGCGCACUUUUGUGCGCUUCCUUUACUCUUCCUGCUAUGAGAAGGAAGCAAUGAAACGGUUUGUCCUGCACUUGCUGGUCCUAUCGCACACAUUCUCGGUUCCAUCCCUUAAAAGAGUGUGUAGUGAACACUUGGAACAUGGGCUUUUGACGAUGGAGAAUGUGAUUGAUGCUUUGCAAUUGGCUCGCAUGUGUGAUGCUUCACGACUUGAACUCUUGUGUAUCCGCUUUAUUGUGAACAAUUUCAAAAGCAUUUCAACUUCAGAAGGGUGGAAGGUGAUGAGGAAAACCGAUCCUCAGCUUGAACAGGAGCUUCUUGAAUACGUUGUGGAGGCUGAUUCGAGAAAGCAAGAGAAGACGAAGAGAAUCGAGGAGAGGAAGAUAUACUUGCAACUGUAUGAUGCCAUGGAGGCCCUGAUGCACAUAUGCAAAGAUGGGUGCAGGAACAUUGGACCUCACGACAAAGUACUGAAAGGCGGUGAGGGAGCCUGCAAUUUUCCAGCUUGUAAGGGGCUCGAAUUGCUUGUUCGCCAUUUCUCAAGCUGCAAGGUUCGGGUACCUGGUGGGUGCACCCAUUGCAAGAGAAUGUGGCAGCUGCUUGAGCUCCAUUCUCGCAUGUGUGGGGAACCUGACGUAUGCAAGGUCCCACUAUGCAAGCAUUUUAAGGAGAAGAUGAAGCAGCAGAGCAAGAAGGAUGAGGUGAAAUGGAAUCUGCUGGUGAGCAAAGUUAUGGCUGCUAAAGCCACUGUCAAUUCUUUGUCAAAGUUUAAGGCUUCUGGCCCUUAUGGGAUAAAUAUAAAUACCUGGUAAUGUUAAUUUUGUGUCAUAGUAAGCACCCCCUGCACAUGGAGUGUCAAACGUACUGCAUGUUCAAGAAUAAAGAUUGUGACAAAUUUGUGAAUUACUCAAAAAGAAAACCACAAUGUGACACAUUUGUUUGUGUUUUCAUAAAUGUGAAGCUGUGGGCCUUCUGUGA